AUGGGUUCAAGCGCAUCAAGAACCUUGGAUCAGGCGGAAGUUGAGGAAAUAGCGCAAGAAACUGGUUUUUCUUCAAAACAGAUAUACCGAUUAUACAAUCGCUUUGCUGCUUUGGAUAAGACAAACGUUGGAUAUCUUAGGCGUCACGACUUCCUGCUUAUUCCGGAAUUGGCCAUCAAUCCAUUGGGUGACAGGAUCGUGAAUGAAUUUUUCAAAGGCAGCCAAGAAGAAUUGAACUUCCGUGAAUUUAUGCGCAAAUUGGCCCGCUUUCGAAAAGUUAAACCUUCACAGUCAACCGAGUACAACAGUCGAGAAGCGAAGCUACGCUUUUUGUUUGGUAUGUACGAUCUGGAUAUGGACAACAUGAUCUCGCGAAAUGAAUUGCUGGGCAUGUUGCAAAUGAUGGUCGGAGCCAAUGUCACAGUGGAACAGAUCAAUAAUAUCGGCGACCGAACAUUGGCCGAAGCCGAUUUGGAUGGAGACGGGUAUAUAUCCUAUGAAGACUUUGUCCGAGCUUUUGACGACGUGGAUAUCGAACAGAAAAUGAGCAUCCGUUUCCUCGAAUAACUGAAGUGUCGCACAUCCCUCCCUUUCCUUCUUGAGGCUGUGACCAUGCCCCGUCUAAUCCCUCGUUCCCUGGCUCCGUGUGGACCAUUUCACCCAUGCUUUCUUGGCUCACGAUUCAGCUGACCAGUUAUUCCUAACUCACUCCAACUGUGCUUCCCAUGUUCUUCGCUUAUUGAUUCGUUUCCAUUGAUUGAUGACUUUUGCAAACGACGCGGAUUAGUUUUUUCAUGAUUCCUCGUUCCACUGAUUGCGUGGCUCCAUGUUGACAUCGACGACUCAUCAUUUCCGAUAUCCAGUUCUCAGAUACUUGUUUGUACGUGCGAUGUGCACAGUAGCGUUCGAUGUCGCGUAUAUUCUUUAUCGCUUGUCAGGGCCGUCAGAAACUGAAGACGAUGUGGGGCCAGUUUCCUUUUUCUCAGUGGGGGUCUUUUGGUUGCCCUCCAUUCUCGGUUUGACCUCCAGUGUGUCAGAAUUCUGCCUGCUGGCUACCAUAUAGACAUUCUUUAUGCUUCUGGGCAGAACGUGGGUAGUUUAGGCAGACUAGACGGCUGCUGGUUUUUCUGGUAAACUAAACACAGC